CCGUGCACCAGCUGGCCGCGCAGGGGGAUCUCCGCCAGCUCAAGGAGCAUCUGCGCAAAGGCGAGAACUUGGUAAAUAAACCUGAUGAGAGAGGCUUCACCCCGCUGAUCUGGGCUGCUGCCUUCGGAGAGAUCGAGACAGUCCGUCACCUGCUAGAAUGGGGCGCCGACCCCCACGCGCUGGCGAAGGAGCGGGAGAGCGCCCUGUCCCUGGCCAGCAUGGGCGGCUACACGGACAUCGUCACCAUGCUGCUCGAGAGGGACGUGGACAUCAACAUCUACGACUGGAACGGCGGCACCCCUCUGCUCUACGCCGUGCGAGGCAACCACGUGAAGUGCGUCGAGGCCCUGCUAGCCCGCGGUGCUGACCUGACAACGGAGGCGGAUUCUGGCUACACUCCCAUGGAUCUGGCUGUGGCUCUGGGACACAAGAAAGUCCAGCAGGUCAUUGAGAAUCACAUCCUGAGGCUCUUUCGGAGCAGGGAGCUGGUGUGACCCGGCUCGCGCUGCACGGCGCUGCCCUCGGCC